AUGUUCGUCGUCAUCCAGCUACUCAGCGACGACGAGUAUCGUGAUCGUCCUACACAAUGGGAGAUGGCAAACAGUAGUCUUGCAGAAGCUGUGAGGGCUCGAGAGCACAAUCCGUUCGAUUCGUUCCAAGACGAGCUGAUGUCGAGUACGAAUCAUGAACAUGAGCUGGUUGAAGACGAGUUCGAGAGGUGGCUAUCUACAAAGAACGACGUCCAUUCAAAGCACGAUAACCCGCUUGAAUAUUGGUCUGCGAAGCGAUUUGAGUAUCCUCGUGUAGCUAGAAUGGCUAUUGACGUCUUGUCAGUCCCCGCCAUGGCUGCCGAGUGUGAGAGGACGUUUUCCUCAGCUGGUAGCAUGGUCUCACAUAAACGACACCGGCUGGAUGCAAGCACUAUUGCUGUUACUCAGACAGUUAGGUCAUGGCUAAGAGCAGGGCUGUUGGAGGGAUAUGAUGGGAUGCUAAAGGAGAUUGAUGACGACGUGGUCGAGACUGUGGUGUAG